GACGCAGCUCAAUAGGAAUGAAGUGUGUUCAUGGGCAGCCAUUUUCGCUGUUAUUCUCUCAAGCACAUAAACAAAUCGUCUGGUGCUUUCUUUUCUCCGUGUUACUCGCUGUCGCAGAAAUGGCAGAUAAGACACAGUUACCCACGAAAGACCGGGCUCUUAAGGGAAGAGAGGAAAAAAUGGCCGUGGCAGAGAAGCAUGCAGUCAAUGGCAACCCCACCGUGGAGCCCUUCCCUGAGGCCAUGGAGACUGUCCUUUUUGGUAUGGGUUGUUUCUGGGGAGCUGAGAGGCGUUUCUGGCUGAAGUCAGGUGUGUUCUCCACCCAGGUGGGCUAUGCCGGGGGAGUCACACCCAACCCCAACUAUGAGGAGGUUUGCUCAGGUCUGACUGGCCACACCGAGGUGGUCCGGGUGGUCUUCAACCCCGGCCACAUCCAUCUGAAGGAGUUACUCAAGCUGUUCUGGGAGAGCCAUGACCCCACUCAAGGAAUGAGACAGCAGAACGACAGAGGGACUCAGUACCGUUCAGCCAUCUACACCUCCAGUCCCCCUCAGCAGGAGCUGGCUCUAAAGACCAGAGAUACCUACCAAGAGGUGUUGAGUGAGAAGGGGCAUGGGGCCAUCACCACGGAGAUCCUGCAGGACCAGAAGUUCUUCUACGCAGAGGACUACCACCAGCAGUACCUGAAGAAGGUGCCCAAGGGCUACUGUGGCCUCAAGGGCACUGGGGUCUCCUGCCCCAUAGGAGCAGGGGCUGGUGACAAGGACGAGCUGUGACCUGGGCAGGAGAAGAGGAGGAGGUGGAGGAACAUUAGGGAGCGCAGAGUGGAGUUUGACAGGCUUGACUUUGAUGAUGGCCAAACCAGAUCUUUUUUUUUAAAUAUUUACUUGAGCAAUAACGACUCAGGUAUUGGUUUUUAGGUGUAAUCUUGCUGAAGAUCUAGUCUACAGAAUUCCGAUUGACACUUUUGCAUUCCAGACUGCAGUGUUGUCGAAUAGCCAGAAGAUGUCAGUAUGCACCAAAUAACAUGAGUAACUCAACGAAGAUUUUAUGUCAUUCCCACAUCACACACACAGAUAAUACAUUCUACAUAUGUUUUAAAACAAUGUUGUGUUUCCUAAUCAGUAUAAGUUAUCACUGUAAUUGACUCCUGAUUGAUUUUGUAUUCUGAUCCAUCAUGUACCAAAUAAUAGCAGUUUCGAAAGUUGUUUCUUAAAUGGAACCAGGAUGUUGCAUGACCAUUCCUCUCACUAUGUAGCUGGGAUCACAAAUGCCUCUGAGCAACAACUGAUUACUACAAGCUGUAAUCAAGUGAUCUCAGUUCGUUUUUUCUCCGAUUUCUUGUUUCAGAAGGGUCAAUUAUUGAGAUUGAUUGUCAGAUUCCGUGGACUGGUCCUUUUGCUCUUGCUUGUUUGUCUUGCACUUUAACCUUCUCACCUAGUGCGCAUAGCAGUCACUGCACAUAAAUGUGAUAUCCAGGCUAUACAUUGAAGGAUGAUUGAGAGUACCAGCGGGUACAAGCAGCUACCUGACCCACAACACAUACAGAAGCGACUGUCCAAUUGUAUUUAAAUCUUCAUAUCUCUUUAAUUCGUUUUUCACAGAUUCUGGAAUGAAUAAUACAUGUGUUUGUUUCCAUUAAUCAUUGGUCACUCAUUCUACAAAGAGAGAAAUAUAUAUAGAGAGAGUGCGUGUGUGUGAGUCAUCUAAGGGCAGGUCCCUGUGUCACCUGUAGUUUAGUCACAGACUUACAGGAUGUGACUCAAGAGUUUGUUUCAGGUACCUUCACUCUAUGUACUCACAACACACAGAUGAUUAAACAUGCAGAUGAAUAUACAGGAGCCUGCAUGGGGCUAUGUUCACUCUGUUUAUGCUCUCACGGUGAUUAUUUACCCUUAGAUGAAGGCACACCUGUUUCUCAGCCUGGCUUACAGUACAUUCACAAACACUUAGACAGUAUGGUGAACCCACUCAUACAUACACACAUUCCCUCAACCACACACACAAUCAUGGUUAAACUCUGAGAAAUCAACAAAAAAAAAGAAGAGAAGAAAAAAAGAGUUUUGGGCAACCACAGUCGUCUGAUUUCACUUCGCCCUCAUUUUCUCUCUAUCUCUUUCUUUGUCUGGGUGUGUGUGUCAUUUCCUGACACCUGUGUGUAGGUGUGGACUAUGGGGUGCAGGUGCAUGCUCUCAGGGCCUAUUUUAGUAUUGGGGCAGAUAUUUUUGCAUGUGUCUGCAUGCAGGCCUGUGUGUGUGUAUGUGUGUGUGUGUGUAACACCUGACUGUAUCAUGCUGUGAGACCUGGUCGGGAUAGCAAACUGUUUUGGUUCAUGGUGUGCUGUAGCAGUAGAGUUGAAAUAACAGAGAGAGAGAUAACUUCUGAUAGACCUUAAUAGCCUUAUCUUGGUGUUGAUGUGGGAGUUUAAUGUUACAGAAGAUCCAGUGAUUUCCUGCCUCAUUGUAAACAGAGUUUCCGUGAAAGGCUGCCUCAUCUUCUGAAACCAGAUUGGACCGUUCCCAGAUGAAAAUGUAGUUACAGUCAGACAAUCAACAGAUGCACUCACAAACAUUAGCAGACAAAUGUACAAAUGUGAACAGAUAUUUUGGAUUUUUGAUGACUUCUAGAUAUGGGGAAACAACAGAAACUGAAAUUGAAAUAAAUAGAAAUCUACUGAU